AUGGUUAGAGUGAAACAUAGGUAUAUCUUGUUUGAGAUCUUGUACCCACCAGGAGCUAGUAAUAAUAAGUCACAUUCCGAUGCAGAGGAAGUAACGCAAUUCACCAGUUCAGAGAGAAAUGCAUUGCUUACGCUUCAUAGAGCAUCGCCAGCAAAUAUCAAUCACAAGACUAUACUACACGCAAUACGAAAAUCCUUACAAGAAUAUUAUGGCGACUUUGGAGCAGGGUCAGCGGGGAUGUUGAUGACUCUAAAAUAUUUUUCAAACAAAACGUCAACGGGGUUAAUACGAUGUGGCCGUGCUCAAUUUGAAACUAUCGUGGCAGCAAUGAGUUUGAUAUCUAGGCUUGAGGAUCAAAAUAUUGCUUUCAGCUGUGUUCAUGUUAGUGGUACUAUUAAAAAGUGUGAAGAGUUUAGUAUCAAAAAGUCCACGGAAAUGAUUAGGAGAAUGGAUGGACCAAAAGGAAAGAGGUUAACUAUAUGA